GUGUCAAGCUCAGUGACGCUUUGCCAAAACAAGUUAAGUUAUUCUCUAUAUAGCCUUCUGGAAGAUAUCGUGUAAGAUUUUUGUUGUAUUUAGGCCGGAAGUGUCAGUCAUAUAUCCGCCUAAUUGGUUAUCAGUUUGCUGUACAUGCUUUCAUUAACAUUAUUUCAUCGAUUCUUGCCUGGUCAUGAGGUGUUCCGUCACAAAAGGACUCUUAAAGGCAGAGCUGGACUGAUGCCCAGCAUACAAACAUGGAGCUGUCUGAAACCAUCAUCCACAAGAGUGGGAGGCAGAGGAAGUCUGCUCCUGCGUCGGCUCACAUGAGUGACGGGGAAACCAAGCUCUCUGACAUGGAGGAUGGGGACGACCAGCCUUUACUUCGGACUUUGGACUCUGAGGACAGGAACCCCAAAACGCAAAGGGGCAUCAGAGGGGAGCUGGGCAGUGUGUGCCUACUCCUGUUCCUUUACGUCCUGCAGGGCGUACCACUGGGCCUGGCCGGAAGCAUCCCUCUCAUCAUGCAGAGCAAGAAUGUGAGUUAUAAGGACCAGGCUUUCUUCAGCUUUGUCUUCUGGCCCUUCAGCCUCAAGCUGCUCUGGGCUCCCAUGGUGGACGCCGUGUACCUGCAGCGUUUUGGCCGCAGGAAGUCCUGGCUGGUGCCCACCCAGUAUCUGCUUGGUCUCUUUAUGUUGUAUCUGUCUUUCACGGUGGACUCGCUACUGCAGACCAAGGGACAGGGGGAGCCAGAUGUGCUGACACUGACGGUGGCUUUCUUCAUGCUGGCGUUCCUGGCAGCUACACAGGACAUUGCAGUGGACGGCUGGGCGCUGACUAUGCUGUCGCGAGAGAACGUUGGCUAUGCCUCUACCUGUAACUCUGUGGGGCAAACGGCUGGCUACUUUUUGGGCAAUGUGCUAUUUCUGGCCUUGGAGUCAGCAGACUUUUGUAACAAAUACCUUAGGUUUGAACCCAGGGAAAAGGGUAUGGUCACUCUGUCAGAUUUUCUGUUUUUCUGGGGCAUUUUGUUCAUGGUGUCAACCACCCUGGUUGCCAUCAUUAAGAAAGAGAAUAACAAGCAAGAGAAGAAAAAGAAAAGAGUGAGGGAGGAGACACAGGGCGUGAUGGAAACGUACAGGCUGUUGUUUUCCAUAGUAAAGUUACCAGCUGUGUUUACUUUCUGCGGUCUGCUACUCACAGCAAAGAUUGGGUUCUCUGCAGCAGAUGCAGUCACAGGGCUGAAGCUGGUGGAGGCUGGUGUGCCCAAAGAGCAGCUGGCCCUGCUGGCAGUGCCCAUGGUGCCCCUUCAGAUCCUGCUGCCCCUUAUCAUCAGCAAGUACACGGCUGGUCCCCGGCCGCUCGAUGUCUUCUACAAGGCCUUCCCCCUCAGGCUGCUGAUUGGUCUUGAGUAUGCACUGCUGGUGUGGUGGACGCCCAGUGUGAAACAGGACGGAGGAUUCCCUGUCUACUAUUUUGCUGUGGUGCUGCUUAGUUACACUGUACACCAGGUGGCACUCUAUAGCAUGUAUGUGGCUACCAUGGCCUUCCAUGCCAAAGUGAGUGACCCAGUCAUUGGGGGCACCUACAUGACCCUUCUCAACACAGUGACGAACCUUGGUGGGAACUGGCCCUCCACAGUUGCUCUGUGGCUGGUUGACCCUCUGACCUCAAAAGAAUGCCAGGGAGCCGUGGCACAGGGCUGUGGCACUAUGGAGGAGGUGGGGCUGUGCUCUAAAGAGGGUGGUGUGUGUGUGGUCACGCUGGAUGGAUACUAUGUGGAGUCUCUGGUGUGUGCCGCGAUUGGACUGGCCUGGUGGUUCUUACUAGGGAAGAGACUGAAACGGUUACAGGACGAGAGCCCCUCGGCUUGGCAUUGUAGAGUCACCAAAUAACACAGCAUCCUCCAACUCCUCCUGUGCUCCCUAUCUCCAGCACACAGUCCAACUAUCCAACCGUCAGCUGUCUCUCCUCCACGGGCAUUCAGCUCCUUCCUCUCCCUCCGUCUGCUCCUUCCAUCUCAAUCACUGCUCCAGCUGGGGUCUGACCUCAGUGGGACUGGACCACACACGUCUUUUUCCCACUCUCCUCACUAGCUGCACCAUUAUCCGUGAACAAAACAAGGCAGCGGUCAUUUGGCACAUAACACAUUCACACUGGGUUUAAGGUAGGGAAAUAAAGUUGAUCAAGUGUUUCCCAGUGCUGCCCCUGGUGAUACACAGGUCUGUGUAUCUUGUAUCUCCCUCUCCCAACACACCUGAUUCAGUCGAUUCAGCUGACGAAGGGCUUGAUAAUCAGCUGAUGAGUGGAAUCAGGUGUGUUAGAGCAGGGAGAGACCUAAAAUAUUCAGAACUGUGAGUUGGCAGGAACAUGACUGAGGAACACUGAACUAUCUGACUGUGUAGCCUGCUAAAGAGGGCACAAUGUAAAAAUGAAAGAAGUGAGCAAAACGCCAGGUUAUAGGUAAAUACAAGAUAGUCGCUGCUUUGAAAUCUUGAACAUCGUCUGCCUUGAUAAAAUCCUCUCAGCAGCUUUACAGUUAUAACUGUACUUUAUAGUACAGUUACUUUACAAUUUUACUUUAUAGUUACUUGAGUUACUCGUGCCUUGUUUUUUCUUCUCAUUUCAGAGUUACAUUAAACACAGGAAUGUUUUAUAUGUUCUAAGUAUUCCUAGUGAUGUCCUACCAGACAUAAUAGAUAAACAAUUGGACUAACCCUGUCACAUCUAAAAGGUGUGAAGCAUUUGGUUAAGUCCUUUAUGUCUGAGGAGGGUGCCUUAUGGCUUAACUGAAAAGGGAAAGAAUUGGACAGCACAGCAGUCAGGGAUGGGAAGCAGUAGUUUUAGUUUGUUUGAAUCUGAUUUAGACAUUCCCCUUCAUUUUUCCAUUUGUUUAUGUUUUUUCUUGGUCUUUUAUGUAUCUCUCUUUGCUCUUUAAACUUAAUGGGUGUUUCUUGAGGCAAGAUUUCUCAGUUUCCAGAGGCAGAAACCUCUUGCAAGCGUCCUACCCAAAAAUGAUCAUGAUCCUGAUUGUCUGGCCUACUGUUAAAUCCAUCUUAAAAUAUUCCUUUUGAUUUCAAAAAGAUUUCCUGUAAACAGCAUCAGUAGAUCACAGGCUGAAUGUGAGUAGAGCACACAGCAGAAGUGCUGCAGUGAAUGCAGUUAUUCUGACCAUCAUAAAUCUUGAAUGUGCCAGAGCGUUCAGUACUGUCUGAAUGUGUAAUUCUGCUGGGGCAGCAGAUAGUCAUGUCACUUCAAACCUGUUCAUCACUGUUUUUAGUGAUUUACCAAAAAUGUCAACUUUGAUGGGUUUUUUUCCAUGUUUUGUGUAACUUCUGAAUAUUACAGUUUGAGUGUAAGCUCUUACUAUGUGCUCGACAUACUGUAAUUUGGUGUGCAGUAAGUCACCAGCAUUUUUAAAAGGUUAUGUGAUUGAAGGAUCAUUUUAACAUUCAGAUUAAUUCUGCCAGUGUCAUUGUUAAGAGGGCACAGGUUUUUCAGCAAGUACAGUGAUGUUUUCUGACAUAUAUGUAAUAGUGAGGUUAAAAUUGUUAUGAUCUCCAUGGAAUAGAUAUUUAUAAUACAUACAAUAAACAAAAACCAUUCACAAAGGACACUAAAAUGUGUUACCUGUUGUUAUGUGGCAGGGUUCCUUUUCACACUAAAUUUGUCACCGAAAUUCAUCCUUAGUACCCCCUUGUCAGUAGACUGCAACACUGGACAUGUGCCUCCUUGUUUGGUUAGGUUAUAAAUUGUUUAUGCACAGUUUUACAAAUGAUUGCUCCAUAUACUACAAACAAAGAACGACGUCAUAGCUAAACACAGUUCAGAUCAAGUGCACUUGAAGCUAUUUUCAGUUUGUACAGAGAAACAUUUGCGUUUGAAAAAAAAGCUUUCGAAGAGACAGGGUGACUGAAUCGAGAACUGAAAAUAUAGCUUACUGUUACCAACAUGUAAUGUUCAAGGGUCUUUAAGCAUAUGCUCUGUGCAAUAAAAAUAA